AUGGCCUCAAGCUCCAGAGCACUCGGCUCUUUGCAGCACCACACCUCCUCGACAACGAACGUGAACCUGUCCUCGACGUCGCUCAUCACCCCGCAGCUGACCGCGCUCGCCGAUCCACCGCCAACGAUGGUCGACCAGCACCUGUUCGAGUACAUGAUGCAAGAGGUGAGUGAGCUCACACCUUGUGGUGGGUGCUUGUUUACUCCCCCGGAUGCUGAUAUCAGGACUGGCUGCCACGGCCAGGUGAUUCGGACCAUCAUCACUUCCGAAUACGUCGCGCGAGAACGACGGAUCGCCUACGAACGACAAGUCGAACACGAUCUCAAACUCGCACGAGCCACCUCCCCAGCUACCCUCAACACCAGCAACGGCAAGACGUCCGCCGCGAUGGCACCGUCUGUCCCGUCUAAAUCGUCCGCGUCCCCCCCACCGAAUCAGGACGAAGCCGACGAAGCUGUCCGGUCCAGGCUCGACAAGAUGGGCUUCAAAGUCGGGUGGGCCAUGGCAGAAAAGUGGGCUAUAGCGAUCCCCAUUCAUUCCCGCACCACUGCUGAUCCUACUCUCCUCCCCCCGCCACAGACUAGCCCGCGACCGACCUCGCUUCCCCAGCACACCAGCCACGACCUCCACCACGAACCCCGUCGGCGCCUCAACCCUCUCUCUAGCCCCCAUCCCGGACCCCCUCGAAGCGGUCAAGUUCAUCUGCAAGGACCUCUGGAUCGCACUCUACGACAAGCAGAUCGAUAACCUACGCACGAACCAUCGAGGCGUCUACGUUCUGCAUGACAAUGGGCUCAAACCGCUAUUGAGGCUAAGUGGGAAUGCUGGACCAGGGCAGGCGCACGAGGUGAAUCGACGAGUCAAAUUUGUGGGUCCCUCAUCGCGACCUGAAUUCGGCGUGUGGGGCAAGUUGACCAGAUUGGUCCGUCCCUGCAGUUCCUCGCAUUCCCGAAUGGGAUCAUCCGAGGCGCCUUGUCCAACCUCGGUGUGCCGUGCGCAGUCUCGGCCGAAUCAGCGGGCAUACCCCAAUGCACGUCAGCUCCUCUACCCAACCUUUCUUUCGGAUCGUCACUGAUGGGGUAG